AUGUCAUAUUCACAGUUUGGCUACUCAUACACAACUGCACCGCAGCUGCUGGUGGCCACCAAUACUCUGAGCACCUAUUGCGAGUCCAGCGGUAGGUCCCUGAUGGAGCCUAGUCUGGCGACUUCCCCGCAGAGCUCGCUCUACUGCCCCGUGUACGAAAGCCGGCUUCUGGCCUCAGCUCGCCACGACUUAAACCCUGCCACUGCCAUUGGGGUGUACGGAAGUCCUUACAGCAAAAGCCAGGGUUACGGGACGUACACACCAUGUGGAAGCGACGCCACUGCCCUGUAUUCCCUGGGAAAACUGGAUGGAAAAGAGGCAGCAACAGCACAUGCAAGUGUUGCGCAAAGUGCGUAUUAUCAAUACGACCACACCUUUGGACAGUAUCAGUACGACAGAUAUGGAUCUGUGGACGUGGCCACAAGGAGGAAGAAUGCUACCCGGGAGACUACAAGCACUCUGAAAGCGUGGCUGCAGGAGCACAAGAAGAACCCUUAUCCCACCAAGGGAGAGAAGAUCAUGCUGGCCAUCAUCACGCGGAUGACCCUUACCCAAGUGUCCACCUGGUUCGCCAACGCGCGCAGGAGACUGAAGAAGGAGAACAAGAUGACCUGGUCCCCGCGCACGAAGAACUCCGACGACAAGGGCUGUGAUGACGACAGUGACGACGCAGAGGGAUCGCAACCGGAACCAAUCAAAUCCGUGAAGGAAUUCAAUGAUAAUCGGAUCGGAGUGGACACCGACCUUGCACAAAGUGAUUUGGAAGACUUUGAUCUCACCGAGUCGGAUGGUUCCGAAUGCGAGCCCAAACGUCCGUUUCACGUGAUCACCCACUCGCAGGGACGUUCAAAUGAUCAUAUUGAAGAGGCGCCAGCGAGUGCGUCCAUGCCUGAAUCCUUUGAUGGAAACGAAGGCUUUCAUAAAGACUGUGCCCGAUCACUCGCACAAGCCAGCGAAACAACAAAGCUAUUCUAUCAACAAGACCAGCCAAGAUCAGAGCCCAAACCCAAAAUCUGGUCCCUGGCACAAACAGCCAUUUCUUUAAACCAAACAGAGUACCCAUCUUGUAUGCACAGAUGCCAACCGACCAAUCCUCCUUCUCCAGGUGGUCCUCCAGUCCUGGGUGUGGCAGACAGACCGCAGGACUCCCCUGUCGCUACACUCAGGAACUGGGUCGACGGUGUCUUUCACGAUCCUGUAUUUCGACAGAGCACUUUGAAUCAGACUUCAUCACACUCCAGCUUGUGGAGUGGAACAGUUGUGUAUUGCAAGCGAUCUCUCUCCCACACACAUUCCCACACACAACACAACACAACACAAAUCACACAC